AUGAAUGAAUUAGACUGUAUUAUAUUAAGGAAAAUGGAACUGUUAGACCAUAUAUUAGAAAUCAUACAGAAAAUGCCCAAUUGUCCUGGAUGUGGUAAGCCGGUAAUUUUAAUAAUUUUACUUUCUUUUAAUAUGUCAAAUAUCAUUUUUUGUUUUCUUGAAAAAAUUCGUUUUAAAAUCUAUCGAUCUAUAGCUGAACGAGUUACAUCAAUCGGAAAGGAUUGGCAUCGAUCUUGUUUACGGUGUGAGAAUAUUCACUGCAGAAGAACGCUAAUUGCCGGAGGCCAUUCUGAGCAUCAAGGAAAGCCUUACUGUAAUCAGUGCUAUGGAGCAUUAUUUGGACCAAAAGGCUAUGGACAUGGUGGAUCUGAAUCGCAUACAUUUCAUAAUGGUUUAACUGGAAGAGCCAAUUAA